CAAGUUCGCGACUAGCGCAAAUCAGAAGGCUAGAUCGUCCCGCGAAAACCCCCAAGCGAUCCCUACCACGUACCAACCAUCUCCACGGUACCGCCCAGCCUCGUGCCGUAUCUCACUGUCGUCUAACGCCGCUACGUCAUUGGACUGCGAAACGGGCUUCGCGAUGCAUCUCUUUUUGCCUCGAACGGCCUCUCGCUAAAACAUUGGCCUUUAUCCCUGCCGUCUAUCUGAUAGCACCCCGCCUGCGUCAAUUCCCCUCACGCCUCCAGGCCACGACAUAUUGGAACGCUGAAGAGAAGCUAGCGGCCAAUCACUGACGGGCGGAUCUCCACGCUCACGAAACCCUGAUUUUUUGACACGAAUACAGCCUCGCCCAAGCCACCAUGUCCAGCUUGGCUAGAGAGUUCGCAAAGACUAAACUUUCUUCCCUGCCACCGCCGGAGCCCGUGCAGGAGGAGCCUCCCGAGUACGAAGAUGACUCGUCUUCGGCAUCGUCAAUGUCUAGCACCGGCACUGUCAGACCGUCACAUACACUAAGACCCGCCCCCGCAAUACAUUGGUCCGACUACUACGCCCAGGAGUUCUAUCUUGAACAGCGCAGGGAUGGAUCAGGGCAUGCCAAGUUUCAUGUAUACCUCACACCGCCGGCGACAGUGAAAGCACCCUUGGUAGUGCUCCACCAUGGCGCCGGAAGCUCAGCAAUGUCCUUUGCGCUGGCAGCCAAGGAGAUUCGCAGGGCCAUGCCAGAAAUCGGGAUCUUAGCUGUCGAAGCACGCGACCACGGAAGUGUAGUGUGGAACGCUAGUGGAGAGGUGGACAACGACCUGAGCAUUGGGCAGCUCAGUCAAGAUUUAGUUGACAUGCUGUCGCUGACCCAGAGCAAGAUGAAUUGGAAAGAGCUCCCACAGAUUGUUUUGAUAGGACACAGUCUGGGUGGUGCAGUCGUCACCGACGCUGCAAACAAGGGCUUAUUAGGAAACAAGCUGCUAGGCUUUGGAGUGCUUGAUGUUGUCGAAGGCUCGGCCAUGGAAACACUGGCACAUAUGCACACUUACCUUGCGAGUAGGCCCAAGUCGUUCCCUUCGCUACCUGCUGCUAUCGAGUGGCACAUCCGAUCACGAACGAUACGUAACCCUCAGUCGGCGCGAGCAAGCGUACCAAGCCUGCUACUGCAGAACUCGGAUGGGCGGUGGGCAUGGCGGACAGAGCUUGCGAGCACAGAGCCGUAUUGGGAGAACUGGUUCACGGGCAUGAGCGGCAAGUUCCUGAGCGGGAAGGGUGCUAAGUUGUUGCUGCUCGCUGGAACCGACAGGCUGGAUAAGGAGCUGAUGAUUGGGCAAAUGCAAGGUAAAUUCCAACUCCAGGUCUUUCCUGCCGCUGGACAUUUCCUCCACGAGGACCUCCCGGAAAAGACUGCUGAAGUUGUGGUCGAGUUUGUGAAGCGCAACGACCGGAGUGCGCUUGUUCUUCCGCCCAAGGUCUCUGAUCUCCUUGCACAAGGCAAGAGAGUAUAGGGCUAUCUUCUCGAGGUCCUUGCCUCCAACGCUCUCGCCCCAAUUGACCUAUACUAUGCAUGACAUACGAUCAGGGUAUGCCGUCCCG